CACCCUUGAAAUCUGACUAGCCAGCUGACCACCAGCCAGCACAGAAGAUGGAAGAGAAAAUGCCAACGUCAGUGAUGGACCCCUUUAAAGAUGUCCUUCUCAAGUACUUCAUGCCAGAGAAAUGUUACGACGAAUUUUUCCUCGAUUUCAAUUUUUUGCAUGUUGAAUGUCUGAAGAUAGUUUUAAGCAAAGGUCUGGGGAUCGGGAUCAUUCUAGGAUCAGUUCUGGUAAAGCUUCCACAGAUCCUAAAGCUGAUGGGAGCAAAAAGUGCAGAGGGCUUGAGCUUCAACUCCAUUCUUCUUGAGUUGUUGGCGAUCACAGGAACUAUGGCCUACAGCAUUGCAAAUAGCUUUCCCUUCAGUGCUUGGGGUGAAGCUUUAUUCCUAAUGUUGCAGACAGUCACAAUUGGAUUCCUCAUUCAACACUAUGGCGGAAAAACCAUCAAAGGGAUGAUCUUUCUUGUGGUCUACUUUGCCUUGGUGGCAAUCUUGCUCUCGCCAGUGACACCCUUGUCAGUGGUCACCACCAUGCAGGCUUCGAACAUGCCAGCUAUAAUUGUUGGCAGGCUCAUCCAAGCUGUAACCAACUACCGCAAUGGACACACAGGGCAACUAUCUGCCAUAUCAGUCUUCUUGCUCUUUGCUGGAUCCCUGGCGAGGAUAUUCACCUCUAUACAGGAAACCGGGGACUCGCUGAUGGCCCUGACCUACGUCAUCUCGUCCAGCUGCAACGGCAUCAUCGCCUCCCAGGUCCUCUACUACUGGAACAGUAGCCCCGAGGCGCUGAAGAAGAAGAAGAAGAAGGCCGAGUAAAGUGACCGCUUGAGAGACAGUGACCCGAGAGAUUCGUACCUUCCUUUUCUUUUAUGACUUUUUUUCUCCUAUGAUCUCGCUGGUCAGACUGAUCAGCUCUUCUUCACUGAUCAGUCUCAUUUGGUCAGUUUGUCCAGCUCUCAAAAAAAAAAGUCUCAAUUCAGCACUGUCAUUAUAGAGGGAAACAUUUCUGUUGGGGGGGAUCUUAUUGCAUGCACUCUGAAUUGAGAGUGUGACGACGAAUACUGUACCCCUGUCACACAUUUGCACUCACACAGACAACACACUUGUCUGUUUUUCGCUUGACCAACGACCAAAUCAAGAUCCUCUCAAGGGCCCUCUCACACACCGCAUUCCAUCUGUCUGUGAUUCUCAGCUGUGAACAUUCUCUGUUCUCUCAGAGAUCGGUUAACUCAGGGAGGACUAAUGUGGUUGAUGGCCGUUAGCAUUUGUCCUUCUUUCUUUCUUUCUCUCCCUUAUUCCCCAAUUGUUGUCCACGUUUAAGGCACUUGAAGCAGCGGCGCUGAAUGCAUACUGUAAAUGUUCAAAUGUUGCCAUGGUCCGUGAACCUGGCUAGAUCCUUGGUGUAUGUACAGUACUUUGUUUAAAGUGCAAAACAGUUGACAACAUAGCUGUCAAUGUUGUACACUAAGAUGAGAAUGAGAUUUAAAUACAAAUGCUGUACUGUCAAAUUGUACUGUAUGAAGCCUCCCCUCAUUUUUUUUUAUACCCUGACAAAAUGUUUUGCACAAUCUGAAUAGCUUUGUACUAUAAGUUUGUGGCACUACACAAUAAAUUCAAGGGGGUCAAAUGUACUGGGAUUCCUGGGCCCUUCUAGCCUGGCUAGCGCCACCACUACUCAUUGAGACGUGGUCUGGGAACCAAACGUUCAUUUUCUCGUAUUUGUAAAAAAAAUCCCCAGAUCCGUUGAUUGGGCGCCUCGGAUGUCUCUCAAAUGCGUGCAUCGUCAUCGUCUGGCUUUCCCCCCCUGCUCUGUGAUUGGUCCCCUAUCUGAGGCAAAAAAAUAGGGCGGUAGUUUCAAGGCUGCCUUAGCAGCGUGAAUCAAAUCGCGCACAAGGCAGCAUGGGAACACCCAGUCCUGUCCAGUUGCUGUGAGGUUUUGUCCGGUAAAUUCCUGUGAGAAUGAAGUAAAACUACCAUGUUUGAUUUUUGUGUCCAAACAAAAGACAUUUCAGAUAUAGGUUGGUUUCAUACACUGUCAGUCAGUGAGACUAUGUUCAGUAGUUGCCUCAUUGGGAUUUAAUAAAGGGAGUAAAACUA